UGGCCAAAAGCGGGUGUUUUCCAAAAAUUUCAAUUGCUCUAUUUUUAGUAUCUUCAAUCUGAACCGGAAGUUUUCUUCGUGACGUCAGGGGUGGAGUAAAUUUGUCCAAAAUGGCGGAUAUGGUGAUGUCUUGCUGUAUCAGUGAGCAUGAAAAAACCCAAAGAAUUCGAAGUAGAGAGAUAGAUAAGAAGCUAAACAGAGACAGACUUACUUUUAGAAGGACUGUGCGAGUGUUGUUGUUAGGCGCUGGUGAAAGUGGCAAAAGCACAUUUCUGAAACAAAUGCGGAUUAUUCACGGACAAGAUUUCGACGAUGAAGCCGUUCGCGAGUUCAGAACUGUUGUUUACAAUAAUAUUGUCAAAGGAAUGCGAGUUCUUAUAGAUGCAAGACAGAAGCUGAAUAUACCGUGGGGAGAUGAAGCCUGUACUAAAGACGCUACUAAAGUGUUUAAUUUCAACAGUAAUUCGAAAUUAGAUGAUACUGUGUUUUGUGAUUAUGUUGAAUCUUUGAAAACGUUGUGGAAAGAUUCGGGAAUUUUAACUGCUUUUGACAGACGUCGGGAAUUUCAACUGGGCGAUUCUCUCAAGUACUUUUUGGAUAGUUUGGAUAGAAUUGGGACUGUGAGCUAUGUACCCAGCAGACAGGACAUCCUCCUGGCCCGUAAAGCCACCAAAGGCAUCAUCGAGCACCAGAUCAUGAUCAAGGGCGUGCCCUUCAUGUUCAUCGACGUGGGAGGUCAGAGGUCGCAGAGACAGAAGUGGUUCCAGUGCUUCGAGGGGAUCACCUCCAUUCUCUUCCUGGCCUCCGCCAGCGAGUUUGACCAGGUCCUGAUGGAGGACCGCAAGACGAACCGGCUGAUGGAGUCGUGCAACAUCUUCGAGACCAUCAUCAACAACCGCAACUUCGCGGCCGUCUCCAUCAUCCUGUUCCUCAACAAGAUGGAUCUGCUGCAGGAGAAGGUGGCCCUGGUCAACAUCUCCGACUACUUCCCCGAGUACCGAGGUGACCCCCACAGCCUGGACGAGGUCAAGCACUUCCUGUGCCAGAUGUUUGACCAACGGCGCCGCGAGCGUUCCAAGCCGCUGUUCCACCACUUCACCACGGCCAUCGACACGGAGAACAUCAAGCACGUGUUCCAGGAUGUCAAGGACACCAUUCUGCACGACAACCUGCGCUCACUCAUGCUGCAGUGAUGGCGUCUGUUUAUGUGUGUGUGUGUGUACAUGUGUGCAUGUGUGUGUGUCCACGUGUGUGUGUGUGUGUCUGUGCUACAUGUGUGUACGUACAUGUGUGUGUGUGUGCGCGCAUGUGUGUGCGUAUUCGAGUGUGAGGGAGACACUGGCCUAUAUCUGUUCUGUCUAGUUCUGUAUCAUCAAAGGCCUCCAACAGAACAAGGCAUGCUAGGCUUCCAUUGUUCUGGAAAAUUCCAGAGUCUGUUUAUGUUUUGGGUUUUUUGGGGGGGUUUUGUUUUUUUUAUGUUUGAAAGUCAAUUAAAUGACUUUGUGAUCUUUGUACAUGUCCUCUGUACAUGCUGGGAACGUUAGUACAUGUCUUCUGUACAUGUUGGAAAGGGCUUCAUUAAUUGUCCACUCAUGUUUUCUACCCAAUAUACUUCUUUGCUGCUUUUACAUGAAGGGAAGCAGACAUCUUUAUAGUCCAGCAACCCUCCUUUCCCCUCUUCCUCGUUUUCCCCGACUAUCCAUCCUGUCCAGUUUAUGGUGCCCACAGGUCUUACAUUGUUGCUUUAUCAUUUCUCCCUGUAUACAAAUCAUUAUUUAUGGAAUGUACACACACACAGUGAACCAGACUUGCCUUCCUCAUCCAGUCAUAGUGUGUGCAGCUCCUGUGACACCCUCUGCUUUAAAAGAUCACAGGACAACCUAGGCUAGUGUGUGUGGGGGCAAAAAGUUUUUGUCUUUACCUGUAGGAAAAGGGGGGGGGAUUUUUUUAUUUUAAAAAAAAAAUUUUUUUUGCUUUUAAGAAAUUUCUGUCAUAUAUAAUGUGCCUAAUGCGUAGGCUAAUGCUGGAAAUUCCUAUCAUAUCUAAUGUGCCUGGCUUUCAGUUUCUUUUGUUGAUGGUGUCAAGACUCGUCGAUACUGGGAUAUUCGCAGAUACUGGGCUGACUGGCGGGGAAAAGUGGUUGACCUUUUGUAUUAUGAUGUCUGUUGUCACAUCCUGGGCUUCUUUGUCGCUCUGAACCACCCACAUUGUCAACUUGUGGUCAUCUGAUUGGCUCAAUCCACAUUUUCAUUUUGUAGAGAAACCUGAUUGGCUCUACCCACAUUGUCAAUUUAUAGAGAUCUGAUUGGCUCCACCCACAUUGUCAACUUGUGGUUAUCUGAUUGGCUCCAUCCACAUUGUUGAUUUGUAGAGAUUUAAUUGGCUUAACCCACAUUGUCAACUUAUGGAGAUCUGAUUGGCUCCAUCCACAUUGUUAACUUAUGGUAAUCUGAUUGGCUUGACUCUUUGCCUUCAGUGGCGUGCAUCUCUGUACUUACAACCUUAGUGUCACUAAACACAAGAAGAUUGUCAACAUUUGCCUGACGGAAGUCGCUGGUUCCUGGUGACCUUUGACCAUUGCUUGUGUGACAAGGUGGGCCCCUCGUCCCCUCCUCUCCUACCCGUAUGUGUUGGUGAGAUGAUUUGAUCGUAAUUUUUCCCCUCGUUGGAACGUCAUAAUCUUCUGGUAGACAGCUGUUGUGACGGUUAAGUCAUGGAAUGUGGCUUGUGUCUUCGUAAAUAAUGUCACAGCGACAGAGACAUACAUGGAAACGUACGUAGAAUAGGCUGUCCCAACACCACUGACACAUACGUGGAAACAGAGUAGAAUAAUUUAUCCCAAACACCACAGAGACAUACGUGGAAAGGUACGUAGAAUAGUUUAUACUCACCACUAGAGAGACAUAUGUGGAAGCAUACGUAGAAUACUUUAUCCCCACCACCACCACACAAAUGUAUGUGAAAACGUAGUAGAAUAGUUUAUGCUCGCCACCGCGACAGAGCCAAAGACAUCAAUGUGGAAAGAUGUGUAGAAUAGUUUACUUUCAGCUGUCCCCCUUAUUCCACAUGGCCCUAUUUGUGUUUAUUUUUAGAAUUAGAAAUGACAAUUCAUUUCUUUAGGGAAAUAGAGACGUGUUGGACAUUAAGGUAGCAGUUUGGUACCUAGGGCAUUGAACAUUAUGUGUAGGUAGCUAGGCCAUUGAACAAUAUAUGUAUAUUCUUAUAUCAAGGAAGUGGAAAGAUGUUAUUGUACUUACAUUUUUGUACAAAAAACAUAGUACGGACCGGUGGUGAAAUGAAAUGAAUAUCGUCUCUUGUGAAUGUAGCAUAUAUUCUGUAGUCACUGAGUCAGUCAUGCAGCGAUAGUGUCACCAUCACAUAGUUCAGCGUGGGACAUUGUUGUAGUAAGUUAUAGUUUUAUCACUAUCACAUAGUACACUGUAGAACAUAUGUAUAGUUAUAGUUUAAUCACUAUCACUUUGUAACAGUGUAUGACAUUGUUACAGUUUUAUCACCACCACAUGGUAACAGAGUAUGACAUUGUAAUUGUUUUAUCACCACCACAUGGUAACAGUGUAGGACAUUGAUACAGUUUUAUCGCCACCACAUAGUAACAGUGUAGGACAUUGAUACAGUUUUAUCACCACCACAUAGUAACAGUGUAGGACAUUGAUACAGUUUUAUCGCCACCACAUAGUAACAGUGUAGGACAUUGUUACAGUUUUAUCACCACCGUAACCAGUUAUCAUGAGGGUUAUUUCAUAAAUCCAGGAAGGAGUCUUUAAGUCUUGCAGUACGUGUUUUGUAUACACAAACAAAACUGUGCCGAGGGUGGAGAUGUAAGUUUGUACUUGAUGCUCCCGACCACUGCUGUGAGCCAUCGAGGUUACUCUCUUGUGUAACGAGUGGAGUGAGCACUUCAUGGAGGUUGUAGUUUUACCCAUAUCACAACCCCCAUUUCAG